AUGGCAGCUCCUGUAUAUACAGUUCCACCAAGAAAGGUUGUCGCUGUCGAACAUCCUCUAGUCGUCAAGAAUCUCGAGAAUGGCCUCAAAACCUUUGGUAGAAAUCGACCAUUUGAGAGGCUUAUUGAUAUCAGUGACCCCGAUAGCUGUAUACCGCUCUACAUCCGGCAUAAUGACCCUAUGUGUGUCCCGGUCUUAUCAUACAACACCCCGACCAACAACGUCCUCCUGCAGAUCACCGUUGCAAAGCGAAUAGGCAGGAAGCGGAAGAGAGGAGCUUUAGAUCCCUCCCUCUACAACGACACUGGCUUUUCUUCUCUCCCAAAUACUGGCCCUACAUUUUCCGCGGACAGCAUUGGGUCUCAGUCACGAAAAGACAAGCCCGCUGAGCUUCUCAGAAGUCUCCAAGAUAAUGUUAGCAACUACUCCAUUGAGGCCGUUGCUGAAAUUACAAAUACACACCGAUUUCGAGUUGAGGAUAUCAAAGAAUUCCGACUAGACCCUAGCAGAGGCUUGAAGCAAAACGACCAAAUUAUGCCACCUCCUAGGAUGUCUCACCACUCGCUCCCCUUCAAUUGGGAAUGGCAGCAAAAUCCCAACAACUACACGGACGUCGAUCCAGAGACUGGAAACCCUGUGCUGAAAAGCCGGGCUCCUCAACGACACCUUAGAGUAGAUUAUUUGAGUCAUGACGUUGCCAAGAUCCCAGACAAAGGUCCAGAAGUUCCUUCUGACGAUCCAAACCUUCAAAGUCUCGUCGCUAUCUUGAAGGAGGCACUGGAAGAGCGUCCCAUCUGGACGCGAAGGGCAUUGUUGAACCGCCUCGGCCAUUCUCCUCACCUCAGCCUCAUCAAAAGUGCAUAUCAAUAUGUCAGCUACCAAUUCAAGAAUGGACCAUGGCGUGAGGCCUUGGUCAAAUACGGCGUUGAUCCCAGAAGCGACCCAAAAUACCGCAUUUACCAAACGAUAUUCUUCAGAAUAAGCGACGACGCCGAGCCUAACAAAUUAUGGAAGGACCAACGUCGAGAACAAAUGUUGCGAUAUAAUAGGACUGACCCCACAUCCCACCUCUUUGACGGCAAGCACGUUUCUCUCGAAGGUCGAGUCUGGCAAAUCUGCGACAUCACUGACCCCCUCCUACACCGCCUCGCACGCGACGCAUUAUACCCCAAAGAAUUCAGCUCCAAAAUAGACGGCUGGUUCCAGAACGGCCGUUUCGCGAAAAUCAAAGCAAUCAUGAAGACGAAACUAAUCGCCAUCCGUCUGGGAAAGUCAGUGACAGACCAGGAUUUCGCUGUCGCUCUCUCGCUGCCUGAUACCGUUGCCAAGAGUUCCAGCAGGAGGGUAUACGUCCCAGUUCCUGACCUUCGACUCACGGCUGCGGAGCUUGAAGCAUUGACGAAAUCGGGCCUGGUGAAGCCUCUUUCUCAGAAACAAAUCUUGAAAAAGGCCAAGAAGGAUUUUGAUGCUUCCGGAGGGGUGAAACCGCUGGUCAGCAAAAGUAACCAGAGAUAUGUUAAGAGUCUUUGGGAUCAGUCGGAGCAGACGGGGCCUGGGACGCCGGAUAGUCGGGCGUUGGAGGCUGUUAGUCAGAUGAAUGGUCUGGGGAUGUUAGAUCAAGGAACGCCUAGUUCGAGCUCCGAUCCCCAUGGCAGAGCUGCAAGGGGUCUCUUGAAUGAUGACUUGGCUGACGAAGACGAGGAUGAAGACGAGGAUGAAGAUGAUGAUGAUGACGAUGAGCCUGAGCGCGAAUCGGGUAGUGAGGGCGAAGAGGACGAAGAUGCGUAA